CUUCUCUCUCCCGGUCUUCUCGCCUUCCUCCCCACAUGGAAUUGGACUGCAGCCACACCUAUACUCUCCCUCCUCUUAUCUCUCCUGGCCUCUUUCUCACCCAUCCCCUUCGUGCUGCGCUCCCCUCUCUCCCGCAGCUAGGGAACCAUGCUCCGCUUCAGGACCGAGGGCUAUAACGGCUGCGCAGUCAAGUACUCGCCUUUCUUCGACAAUCAGCUUGCGGUCGCGUCGGCUGCCAAUUUUGGUCUGGUUGGCAAUGGGCGUCUGUUUAUUCUCGAGCUGACCCCGAACGGCAUUGUGCCAGUGAAAUGGUUCACCACUCAAGACUCCCUCUAUGAUCUCGCGUGGUCGGAGAUCCAUGAAAGCCAGGUCCUGGCCGGCUCUGGUGAUGGAAGCGUCAAGCUGUUCGAUAGCAACCUGAAUGACUUCCCCGUGCAGAACUGGAAAGAACACAACCGCGAAGUCUUCAGUGUGAACUGGAACCUGGUUGCAAAGGAUCGCUUCUGCUCGAGCAGCUGGGAUGGCACCGUGCGCGUCUGGUCGCCUGAACGCCCUCACUCCCUUAUCACCCUCCCGACCCACAGCUGCACCUAUUCCGCCGCUUUCUCUCCCCAUUCGCCCGACAUCCUCUCCUGCGUGACGUCCGAUUCCUAUGUCCGCCUGUUCGACCUUCGUACUCCGGCAUCGGCCUCGAACCACCUCGUCAUGCAGAUUCCCAUCCAUGCCGCCCCCGUUCCUACCGUACCUGGCACCCCCGGUGUUCCUCCCGCUGCCUCUCCUCCCUCCGAAUGUCUGACCCAUGACUGGAACAAAUACCGACCCUCGAUUUUGGCUACUGCCGGCGUGGACCGAACCAUCCGCACCUUCGACAUCCGAGCUCCCCAGCAAGGCCCCCAGGCUGUCAUGGUCGGUCAUGACUAUGCCAUUCGCAAACUGUCGUGGUCCCCGCAUCUUUCGAACAUACUCUUGAGCGGAGGAUAUGAUAUGACCUGCCGCGCCUGGAGCGACCAGUCACCUUCGGGAGUCGUCGGAGACACGGAUAUGAUGCACGCUGGGCCCGCCCCCGUUAUGGGCGCAGAGCUGGGCAGAAUGAACCAGCACUCGGAGUUUGUGACCGGUGUCGACUGGUGUCUUUUUGGCAGCGAAGGUUGGUGUGCCAGUGUGGGUUGGGAUGAGAAUCUGUUUGUCUGGGAUGUGCGCGCGGUGAUGGGAUAGAGGGGAGUUUCAGUUUCCCACGAACCAAAACACACCUCAGUCCGCAUAUUGGCGACUAAGCGAUCUGUUUUCUUCUCACUUGACUUGGUUUGUCUUCCACCCUUUCUUCUUUCUCUUUCUCCUGGUCUGGACAGGAUGAUGACUUGAUGUCCCUUGUUCUUUUUUCUCCUAUUUGAUUACACUUCUUUUCCCUGUAUUGGAUACUAGAUUGCAUGAUACCAAUUUCUAUGUCUCGAAGGAGGGGCGCUAGUGAUUAUGGCAAAU